CCGCGGAUCCCAAACUGGAGUGUGGAGGCCCUUUCCCUUGUGCGGUGGGCACGGAUGGGCCGGUCCUUUCCAAGCCUUAGCACGGAGCUUUAGGAAUCUUCCGAGGAACCGGCAGGUCCAAAGCGUUGGACGGGAUGCCCCGGCCUGGCCUGUGCACGUUCAUUUUAAUCCGUCCUUGUGAUUCUUGGCCCGCAGCAGUCGAGUCUCCCCACCGUUUGCAUUGUAAAUGAGGUCCUGACCACUCUGGCAGUCCUUCAAGGGACUUAUUUUUCUUGGAUGAUUGCUUCCAAGUAUGAUCAUCAAGCAGAAGAAGAUCUUCGAAACUGGAUAGAAGAAGUGACGGGCAUGAGCAUUGGCACCAACUUUCAGCUGGGCUUAAAAGAUGGCAUCAUACUCUGCGAGCUCAUAAACAAGCUACAGCCGGGCUCAGUGAAGAAGGUUAAUGAGUCCUCGUUAAACUGGCCUCAGCUGGAGAAUAUUGGCAACUUUAUUAAAGCUAUUCAGGCUUAUGGCAUGAAGCCACAUGACAUAUUUGAAGCCAAUGAUCUUUUUGAGAAUGGAAACAUGACCCAGGUUCAGACUACGCUGGUGGCUCUGGCAGGCCUGGCUAAAACAAAAGGAUUCCACACAACCAUUGACAUUGGAGUGAAGUAUGCUGAAAAACAAACAAGACGUUUUGAUGAAGGAAAAUUAAAAGCUGGCCAAAGUGUAAUUGGUUUGCAGAUGGGAACCAACAAAUGUGCCAGCCAGGCGGGUAUGACAGCCUAUGGGACCAGGAGGCAUCUUUAUGAUCCCAAAAUGCAAACUGACAAGCCUUUUGACCAGACCACAAUUAGUCUGCAGAUGGGCACCAACAAAGGAGCCAGCCAGGCGGGGAUGUUAGCACCAGGUACCAGAAGAGACAUCUACGAUCAGAAGCUCACACUGCAGCCAGUGGACAACUCGACAAUUUCUCUACAGAUGGGAACCAACAAAGUGGCCUCCCAGAAAGGAAUGAGCGUGUACGGGCUGGGGCGGCAAGUAUACGACCCCAAGUACUGCGCCGCUCCCACAGAACCCGUCAUUCACAACGGAAGUCAAGGAACAGGAACGAACGGGUCUGAGAUCAGUGAUAGCGAUUAUCAGGCGGAGUACCCAGAGGAGUACCCCGGCGAGUACCCAGACGACUACCCCCGGGAUUACCAAUACGGCGACCAAGGCAUCGAUUACUAGGUCCCACCAGGAGCUCAGUAUUUAGCCCGUUGUUUUUAUUCAGUGAGAACCAAGCUAGCCUUGAGUGAUUUUUAUCUUGUCUUCCUAAAACACUAUUAUGCUUAUUGUACCUGAAGGAAAUACUGCCUUACAUACAUUCCCUCUUCCUUUCCCUGCCUCUUCCCCCAAUAGCUGCCUUUAGUGCCGUAACAGUCCAGUCCCACAGCAGAAGCAAUAACUCGCAUAUGAAGUUAAAAGGAACACUGUGAAAGGGGAGUACCUUCGUGCAGCCAGUUCUCUCAUCAAAGACCUAUGCAUUUUUACGAUCUACUUAAUAAACUGGGAUUUUCAGACAAUAGGAAGCUUUUUCUUUUUCUUUCUUUCUUUCUUUCUUUUUUCUUUUUCUUUUUCUUUUUCUUUUUUCUUUUCUUUCUUUUUUUUUUUUUUUUUGCAGUCCCGUAUCUGGUUUCUACGUGGAGGACUAAACUCAUGCUUUUAGCUAAAUGUGGUCUUUGCCGACUAAAUUUAAGACGCAGCGGUUUAAGAGAUUUACAUACCGAUGUCUCCACAGUAUUGUUUGCUAAUCUUUAAAUAAAGUCCUGAUCCGUGUGCAUUUGUGAUUAUAUGUGUACUCAUUCUCUUACCUGAACUGACCAGAGCUUUCCCAAGUGGGGUUUCUAAAGGAGCGUGUACAAAGUCGGCCUGCAGAGAGUCGGGUCUGGGUGGUGCGUUUGCUUCCUGUUUGUGCCAAUGUAUCAAUGUAGAGUUGCUCUGUUCUCUUCAACUGUAUUUAUUGCUGCGUUUCUCAGCAUAAACUUAUCCCAUUGUAUUUUUUAUAAAUAAAUAUUUUUUUUGAACGUU